CUGGUUGGUGGAGCCUCUGGACUGGAACUGACCGGUGCUUGUAGCUGAAAGAAAAACGCUUUGACUUUUUGUACUUUCACUCUAUUUAUACUGCGACAAGAGUGUGGAAUACUUCAUAUUUUGGGACUUUAGAGGAGUAGGCUACGUUUGGCAAAAUGAUUUCUUUGUUUGUUUUUGUCCUUUUGACUUGUGUUCAUCUUGCUCCAGCUGUUGUUUAUAACAGCUCUUCAGGUGCAGGACCAAGGACCUUUGGCAUCUCCUAUAAUGAUGCUGAACAAUUGGACAUUGACAACCUUUUCUCAGACUAUGACUCUGGUGGUGGGAAGUCUAAUGCCUCCUCCAAAAUGCAGAUUCUCUCUGAAGAAACCAUACUCUUCCUCAGUGGGCCCAUGUCCACUCUGCUCAUGCCCUCUUGGUACUCUCUGGUGUGUCUUAUUAGUGUGCCUGUAAACCUGUGUGCAAUGCUGGCCUUUGCCCAAAGGAUCCGUCCCAAGAAACCAGCAGCUAUCUACAUGCUAAACCUGGCCUGCGCUGACCUGCUCUUCGCACUUCUGCUCCCAUUCAAGAUCUGUUACCAUUAUUUAGGGAACAACUGGAUAUUUGGGCCCAUCAUGUGUCGUGUGGUGACUGCAGCAUUUUACUGGAACAUGUACUGCUCUGUGCUGCUCAUAUGUUGCAUCAGCGUCGACCGACUUUUGGCUGUGGUUUAUCCUAUUGACUCUCUUGCUUGGAGAAGACCACAGAAUGCUGUCAUAGCUUGUGUGACAAUGUGGAUUCUGUCCUUUAUUGGGUGCACCCCCCUCCUGCUCUCCAACCAGACCAUAUACCUGGAUGCUUUAAACAUCACCACCUGCCAUGACGUUCAGCCACUGGAGGAGCUCAAGUGGAACUACAAAAUCUAUUUCCUCACCAUCUGCUGCACACUUUUCUUCCUCCCGCUGCUUAUUUCAGUCGUGUCUUAUACCCGGGUCAUCUGGACUCUGAACAGAGUCCCUAAAGGAAUAAGAGGAAGCUCCCGCAAAAAGACAAGGGCUGUGGUGAUGGCAGCCACUGUGCUGGUCAUCUUUGUGCUGUGCUUCAUGCCAACUAACUGUAUCAUGCUUGUACACUAUCUUCUGUUUAGCAACAAUGCCCAAAGCAGCCACCAGGGUGCAGACAGUUCAUAUGCUCUAUACAUGGUCUUUCUCUGUUUGGGCAGUCUCAACUGCUGCCUAGAUCCCUUAGUUUACUACUUUGGCUCAUCCCAAUGCCAGAAGCAACUAUCCAGUGUGCUGAGAUGUGGGAGGGGGCCCACUGUCUGCAGCACCAGUCAUUCAUCCAGUGACUCAUACAAGUCCAGCCGUAAGGGCAUACUGAAAAGCAGCCGGACAGAAAGUUCCAAGAUUAAUCCCUCUUCAGAACAUGAGUCCUUUCAAGCCCAUCUCCACAGCCAGUACAAGAAACUGUUGGUCUGACCUUCUGAAUUAUUUUGAAUGUGUUGAAAAUGUAGGUGAAGUCUAGUUUUGCAUUAGAGAAGUUAAACACAAUUAUUAUAAACUUAAUAAAAGCACUAACGCCACGGCUUGGUACAUGCAGCUACUUGUAAAUUAAAACAUAGCCUGUGUUGUAAGCAAAAUGACAUGUGUGCAGAGAGAAAGGCCUAGAUGGUCUUAAAUAUGCUUUAUAAUAUACUAGUAUGUUUGUCUGUAAGUUGAUUUUAUAGCCUACCUACUGAAAGAUAUAUUUGUAGCUAUUAUUGUAAAAGCACAUUAUGUUUUCCACUGUAUAUAUUUUUAAAUAAAACGAAUUUC